UGGGCCGCCUACAAUGAUGCGCUGGAUAGCAAACCGCUCUUUACCAAGGCCAUGACUUCGCUCGUGGGAUGGGGGCUCGGGGAUGUUCUGGCUCAGGUACGUUUCGAUUCCAGGGCUCAAUCAAUGGAUCAAUUCACCGGAAAGCUCUCGUUUCGUACGCGCUUCGUGACUCUUUCGGUCUUUGGUUUCAUCUACCACGGACCCUCGGGACACUACUUCUACAACUGGCUCGACGGCAAGAUCAAGGGAACCCGCGCUCAAGACGUGGCCCUCAAGGUUGGCAUUGAUCAGAUCUUGUGGUGCCCCAUCUUCAUGACGGUAUUCUUCACCUACCUGGGCCUCUGCAACGGCGACUCCUUCAACACCAUUGGCAACAAGAUCAAGAAUGAUCUGUUGUCCGCCUGCCAGGGAUCCUGGAAGGUCUGGCCCAUUGUGCACGCCGUCAAUUUCAAGUUCAUCUCCAGCAAGCACCGUCUCGUCUUUAUUAACGCCGUCCAGGUUGCCUUCAACAUGUUCCUGUCGCUGAUUGGAACCAAGUAA